AUGAAUGCUCGUUACACUAGAGCUCGAGAUAAAUCAUGUCGCCAAAAUGAAGAAUCUUCCAUGACAAUGGAGCAUCAUUUUAGAAUUGAUAUAUUUGUUGCUGCAAUAGACUUUCAAUUGCAAGUAUUGGAUAAUAAAUUUAGUGAGCAUGCAGUGGAACUUCUUCGUCUUAGUGCCGCUUUAAGCCCUCAAGAUGCAUACAAAUCAUUUAAGAUCGAUGAUAUAUGCAGCUUAGUUGAGAAGUUUUAUCCUCAAGAUUUUACUGAGCAAGAGAAAAUCAUUUUGAGAUUUCAAUUGGAUCAUUAUAGUCUUGAUGUGCCAAAACAUUCAGAUUUUCAGAAUAUGUCCACUUUAUCUGAGUUAUGCAGAGGAUUAGCAAUUUCAGGAAAAUCGAAGAUUUAUAAUUUGAUUGACAGGUUGAUUCGUCUAGUACUGACUCUCCCUGUUUCUACCGCUACCACUGAACGAGCAUUUUCUGCCAUGAAACUUGUAAAAACUAGAUUGCGUAGUAGAAUGGAAGAUGAGUUUCUAGCAAAUAAUUUGGUAGUUUAUAUUGAGAAAGAAAUUGCUAAGGAUUUCACGACAGAGAUAAUAAUGGAUGAGUUUUAUUCUAUGAAAGAUAGUCGACGUUGA